AUGAAUAAAAUUAUAGAUAAAAAUGUUCAUGACAUAUUUGUAGAACAAAAUAGAGAACAAAUAAAAAUUAAAAAGUGCCAAAAUUUAAAAAAUCGAAUGUUAAAAACCAAUAUAAAUAAAAUAAUUGUGGGAGAAUCUUCAAGAUUUUUACGCGCACAAAAUUCUUCUCUUACUAAUGGUUUUCUAAAAAUCCAACACACCACCACCACUAAAAGAAGUUUCUGUAAUUUUACUACCACCCCACAAAUAAAUAACAACACAAAUAAUAAUAAUAAUAAUAAUAGUAAUAAUAACAGUUUAAAUGACAAUUUUAUUAAUAACAAUAUAAAAAAUAAUGAAUAUUUAAAAUUAAAAAGAGUUGUUGUAACUGGGAUGGGUAUUGUAUCUCCAUUAGGUGUAGGAAUAAAAUAUAAUUGGGAUAAAUUAAUAAAUGGUGAGAGUGGAAUUAAAAGAUUUGAAGGAUUUGAAGAUAGUAGAAUUGAUUGCCCAUCAAAAGUUGUAGCAAGAGUACCAAAAGGUGAAGGUAUAGGUGAGUUUAAUUCAAAUACUAUGAUACCAUCACAAGUGAAAUUGGCAAGCUCUGAUUUCAUAAAAUAUGCAAUCGUUGCAACUGAUGAAGCUAUUAAAGAUUCAAAACUAGAUAAAUUCAUUGAAUCAAAUGAAAAACUUCAAGAAAGAAUUGGAGUAUGUAUUGGUUCUGGUACAGGUUCAAUGGAAGAAAUUAUCUCAGCAAAUGAAAAGAUUUCAAAUAAAUUAAAUAACAAUAACAAUAACAGUGAUAGUGGUAGUGGUAGUGGUAGUGGUGGUGGUGGUGGUAAAGUUUCAGCAUAUUUUAUACCAAAAAUUUUAAUUAAUGAAGCAUCUGGUAUAAUUAGUAUUUUACAUAAAGCGAAAGGACCUAAUAUGUCAAUUGUUAGUGCAUGUGCAACUGGGUCUCAUUGUAUUGGCGAAUCAUUUAGAAAGAUAAAAUAUGGUGAAGUGGACGCAAUGAUAUGUGGUGGUACUGAAGCGAGUAUAAAUUCAGUUUCAAUGAUUGGUUUCUCACGUAUGAAAGCAUUAUCAACCAAAUAUAAUAAUCAUAUUAAUCCAUCAUCAAGUAGUAGACCAUUCGAUGAAGGUAGGGAUGGAUUUGUAAUGGGUGAAGGCUCUGGAAUAUUAAUAUUGGAAGAGUAUGAACAUGCUUUAAAAAGAGGUGCAAAUAUUUAUUGUGAAAUCACUGGUUAUGGUUCAACUGGCGAUGCCCAUCAUAUUUCAGCUCCAAAUUCUGAUGGAAACGGUCCGUUAAGGUCAAUGAAUUUAGCAUUACUAGAAUCUGGUUUACCAAAUUCCUCUCAUAUCGAUUAUAUAAAUGCUCAUGCAACUUCAACGCCAUUAGGUGAUGGUAUUGAAUGUACUGCUGUUAAAAACUUUUAUAAUAAUAAUAAUAAUAAUAAUAAUAAUAAUAAUAAUAAUAAUAAUAAAGAAAUUAUAAUGAGCUCAAAUAAAGGUUCAAUUGGUCAUUUGUUGGGUGCUGCUGGAAGUGUUGAAUCAAUAUUUUCAAUUUUAUCAUUAUAUAAUAAUAUUAUACCACCAACUUUAAAUUUAGAAAAUCCAUCAAAAGAUUGUCAGGGUAUAAAUUUAGUACAAUUUAAAUCUCAAUCAAAACCAAUUAGAAAUGUUUUAAAAAAUUCAUUUGGAUUUGGUGGAACAAAUUGUUCUUUAAUUUUUUCAAAAAUAAAUUAA